AUGGCGUACUUUGGGCUUCCAAAGUUGGACCCUUUCAACCCACCCAACAUGAGCGGCAGUCCUCCAAAACCGACGCGCAAGAUCGUUGAAUCGACCCCUACAACGGCAUCACCAUUUAUAGAUCCCUCAGACUCCAAGACAGAUGACGAUCCUGCUACCGAAAUCCCGUUGGACGAACUCCAUGUCGACACUAGCCGAUACACUGCAGAUGAAAAAGGCAAAGGAAGAGCGAUACAUACGGAUGAGGCAGAGGAGAUUCGAAACUAUGAUUUGCAGGAAGAAGAACAGGAUCAAUAUGACGGCUUCAUUGACAAGAACGAGACCGUGGGUGGUGGUGCUUACCCGCCCGUGGGCGACGAUGACAUAGAAGAGCGUCGCGUCAGCGAGACGCUCAAGCGCUGGGAGGAACAGGAACGCUUACGAAGAAAAGCGGCCAGAGAAGCGAACCGUAACUCGAACUCGCAGCGGAAUUCUGUCGUGGUGGACGUUGGGCGCCGUGCAAGCAAGCUAUGGAAGGAUGGUGCGCAACGACGAGCCAGUCUGAGGAAAGGAGCGCAAAAAAUGCAUGAAGAUGUCAACUUUGAAGCGAUUCCUUCUCGAAGGAGUAGCGGUGGAGGAGGAGCGGCUGCGAAUGGUGAUGUAGUGGAACCAAGUCGCAGCACGUCGCUCAGCUUACAAGAGACGAUAAGGUCAAGAUCUCCAUCGUCUCCGACGCCUCUCGUGUCUGAAAAUCCAUUCUCGACACCGAGAAAUGGGAGUCCCACUUCCUUACUGCACGAGCGGCCGGCUUCUGCCUAUGAUUAUGCGUCCAGGAGCAAAAGUCCUAUUCAAAGUCCAGAAGCGGCCUUGAUGGAAGAAACUUCCAAUCCCCCAACCCCGUCCCUUGACAAGACAAUGGCAAAGGAUCCAGAGUACCCUGACCGCCCGGUCCUGCGGGCGUCCAGCUCCUCUUAUAGUGCCACCGAACACACUCCAACAAAACAACGCCCAAAGAGUAAUCUUCCUGCCCCGAGACCCUUGGAUCUUCCGGAAGAAGUGACGGCUCCUCCACAACCACCUAUGAGGAAAGCAUCACCGGUGCUGUACGAAAGGAGCGAGGCCGACAUACAAGAUGAUGACGAACUUGAGGCUAGAGAAGCUAAAGAAGGAAGAUGGUGGACAGACUGGAUAUGUGGAUGCAGGGAGUCUGGUCGAUUAGGACAAGAUCAGCCAUACUUAGACGCUGAUUAUUAUACAGUGAUUGCAGCCACAGAUUUAGUCAAAAGGGAUGUUUUCAGAAAGCCAGAUCCUUUCGUGCGAGUUUCAGUCAAUGCCAAUGGAUCGGUGCAACAACACCACACCAAAGCUGCCGAAAAUGAUUGCUCACCGAUCUGGAAUGAGUCUUUCGACAUGUUGGUCUCCUCUCAAAUAUUCGACGCAUCAAAAUAUAACAGAAGACCAGACGCUGCCUCCUUGGGUGUCAUUAAUGUACCACUUCAAACACUCAACCUGCACUCGAAAG